AAUUCCACCAGUUCGCUACCUACAAUGUCCAGCUGGUGUGAAGAUACGUCACUUGAAACGCUUCCUCUGCUCUAAAUUCGGCAUUGACCCGGAGAGUAAGCGUAUCGAGGUGGAAGUGAUUUAUGAGGAUGAGGUGUUGCCAAAUGAUUUUACGCUAAUGGAUGUGGGCUAUUGUUACAAUUGGAAGAGGCACGCGCCCAUGAAAUUCACCUAUCGCAUACUAUUCUAUGGUGAUGAGUCGCAAAAAAUAGAAAAUGACUUCAAUAAAUCCGACGUCGAAGUUAAAAGAACUGAUUGCUCUAACAGCAUAAAAGCCACAGAAACACAACAAAGCAAAGAGCUUACCAUUUGCGAUGAGACGAACAUUACAACUUUGCCCUGUGCGACUUCUCCGCUUUCGCACAACUGUAGCGCCCAGACAACAUUGGAAAACACAGAUAAAGGCCAGAGCAAGUCACCAAAGUGCGUCAAGGUGAGCACGUCAAUCAAAUCAGCUGUUGAAGAGAUAAAUGCACCAGUGAAAAUGAUAAUUGCGCGUAAAUCGAGUGCAGAUAGCGGCAAAAAGGCAUCGCCAAAGCGCAACCAUAAUGAGGAAGUUACCUACACAGUAACAAAUGAUUUCAAGAGUCUGCGGAGCAAUGAUAUGCGUUACAGCGACUAUGCUGUCUCCUCCACGACCAGCAACAGCAAUUCACCAAAGAGUUCGCCGAAGAGUGCACAGCGCUCACCUAAAUCAGCCGAUAUUGCGAUCGCUGUUGAGCCAACACCAUCUCAGGGUGCAUCGGUGGUGCCCAAGUGUGAUAUUGUGGUGAGCAUACCGCAGUCGCAAGUGCCGAAGUCACCAUACUCAAUCGACGAUGAGUUCGAGAAUGUAUCGCUGGCACAAUUGAAGACUGCGAGCAAGAAAUCGCCACCAUCUGUAACGAUGAUCGCUGCAUCGGAGACAUCCAAAAGCGGAACGACUAGAAAUGUGCCAAAAUUGAAGAUUGAAUUGAACAGCUUGAAGACACGCUUGAGCAUUUCGAAGCCUAAAUCGGCAGGUGUUUUGCACAGUGGUGGGUCUUCGGAGAAAUCAGGGCGCUUCAAGCACCGCAAACAUUCAUUGGACGAUGUGACUGGGCCUUUGAAUGAUCAGCUUGAUAUUGAGACAUAUGCUAAGAAUAUCGGCUUACAACCCAUUGAGGUGCUGACGCCACCGGAAUCGGCGGAAUCAUGUGACAAGCUCAAAUAUAGCCCGAAUGCCUCACCACUCUCUUCAGCUUCUUCAACCACCAGCUCAUCGAAUAAUGCAUUUCCAAUGUCGGCACCCACCGAGUUAGCAUCUACUUCGUUCCACAAGAAGAGGAAAAAGAAGCACUCAAAAGAUUCUAAAGACCCAAAAGACAGCAAGCGCCGCAGAAUGCAUGCCGAGAUAUCCAGUAAGCCAGAGGAGGAGAGUCUUAAGAUGAAGGUUAAGCUAACGGCGCCGCAUAAUCAUAAAUCACACAAAUCAGAAAGCUACGGCACGCGGAGGAGCAACGAGGAAGGGCGCAAGUCACACCACGAGAGCAGGGUAUCCAAGGAUGCCAAUGCAGUGGCGACGAGUGGUACAACACCUACCGCGUCACAAACGGAUAGCCUCUUGGCGUUAAAUAAGACACUUGGCGAAGAGUCGCGUAGCAUUAAUCAUCUCAUGAAGGAGAAGGAGAAGAGCAAAGAGAUCGUCAAAAUUGUUAAAGCCGAUGAAACGUUGCUGUCGUUACCACAAUCUCAGUUGCUGACAAAACCUUUAAACAAUAUCAAAGAAGUGAAGUUACCAGCGUCGCCACCGUUGCCGCCCAGCCUCUUCAAGACAACCCCACUCAAUUUUAAUACACUGACCGUCACCAGUACGACUGCUGGUCAGUCUAAGUCGACGACGAGCGCUAGCAAGCAAUCCGAAGUAGUAAAGGGCAAGCAGUCGCUAUCAACAGCAACAAAACCAACCGCGGUGCCGCAGUACAACAGACAAGGUUCCGCACCUGUACCGAAGUCUCAUCCCCACUUCAUAGUUCCUAGCUUACCACGUCGUUCUUCGCCCGCAGCAAAUAGCUCAUAUACACCUUCAUCCAUAGCCAGCGCCAGCAGCAAACAACUUGGUAUGCAGCUGAAGCGAUCCGCCUCCUUGGAUGAGUCAUACGCGCUUGGCGGGCGCGGCAAGCAACCAAAGUUGGACGCCUCGCAACGCAAGUCUCUUUACAGCAGCUAUGCGAAUAAACCCUACACUCCCUCAACCACUAUUAGUAUUACCAAGAUGGCCGACACUGUAACGCAGGCGCAAGGCGCCAGCGCUGGCAGUAGCGCAGUCACAAUUACAGCGCGCCAGCCUGGUGGCAUAGCGCAAAGGCAACAGCACUGGCAAUUGCCACCUUACACCCCCUUGCAUUUGCCCUACAACAAACCCGCCGUGGAAAUUGUGCGCAUCAACUCUGGGCAAGCGGCUGCUGAUAUGCAAUCGCAGCCAACUGUGAAAUCCACAAAAGGCGGCGGUAGUCGGAUGAUGGGACCGCCACUGUCUAUGGUCAAGGGUAAGAAAGCCGUGGGGCAGCAACUGGGCGCUUUGCCCACCACUGGCGCCACAAAGUCGGCGCAAGCGGCCUUGAGUACCACGCCCCUCGGGCAAGGAAGGAACAAUCCUUACCGGCUGUCACCGCCGGCGCUUGUAAAUCUGCAUGGUCCAACUUUUCCGGCGACUAAGAAAGGCGCAGAUAAAGCUUGCAACAAACAGGAGGGCAAUGGCAUAAACAACGGUGCUACCGAGAAAAAGUUGCACCAACCGCAGCGCAUCAGCUUGCGCGAAUUCAGACCCAACUCUAGGGAUCAAUGUAUUGAAAUAGCUGACACCGCCGGCAGUGCUGGUGGCAAAGAAGAAAUUCGACUGGGUGAUACUACAGUCAAUGCCACGCUAAUAGCUCCAUCGGCCCGAGAAAGCCUGGAGGCGGCUUUGAAUAAGCUGAAACAGAACAUCACCUCCACAACGGUGCAAGACAGCGUCGCCGCUGCGGCUUCAAAGCAACAACAACAGCUGAAUUUGCCAACAGAUAUGAGCAAUGAUGAUCUGCAGAAUCUACAUUUGCUUUCCGAGUCGGCAACAGCGCGCGAGAAGAUCGCAAUACGCGCCUCACAAUCCUAUGAGAAGCCAAAGUCACAACAAUCAUCAUUGUCGCGGCAGCAAAACGCUUCCGUGCGCAACAUACCCAAUCCCUCGGCGCUGGCGUUCCGCAAUAUGUCGACGCUCCCCACGGCGAGCUCAACUGCUGUUGCUGUUGACUCAUUAACUGCAAACUCCAUCACCAAUGCAAGCACCAGCACCGCCAGCUCCCCAUCCACAUCCACAGCCACGCUUAAUCUCACUUCACCGCCUGCACAAAAGAAAUUACCACUUACGGCGCUACCUUUAACCGGCGUUGCAGCUCCUCUCAGUCCAGCUGUUAUGCUACACUCAACCGCCGCCACCGCCACCGCCACCGCCACCCCCACCAGCACAACUGCGGCGGCAACGACACGCACCAUAAAAAAGCCAACGACCAUCGAUCAAGUGGCCGCCAAUUUAAAUAUGCGCGCAUCCGCAGCCGCCGCUGAAGCAUACGCGGCCAAGCUAAAUGCAGCAGAGGAUGUAACUCAAAUAAGUUCGUCCACUGGCAUCACCACCACCAUCACCACCACCAGCAACAACAAGAGUCCAAGUGGCAUUACAAAGUCGACGUCUGCUACGAAUAUCGCCUCCUCAACCACAGCCAAUGUGCCGUCGGCAGCCGAAGCAGCAGCUGAGCUGACAAACAAAGAGAUGAAGUCGUGGAGCAGAGGAGGAGGAGGAGGGGUUGAGUGUGCCAAAGCGAAAGUGUUGCCAAAAUCCAUUGCAGAUAGUGGUGUGGUGGCAACUGCCAUUGUCACUGAUGUCGCUAGCAUAAAGAAUGCUGGAAACAACAAAAACAAUAACAACAACAACAACAGCAAUAGCAAGAACAAUAACAAUAAUGGCAACGACAAAUACGGUGUGACGGCAACUAGCGUGGCGAGUGAUUAAGAUAUAGCCAGUCGGUGUGAAAUUUUCUUCGAAAUAGUGGACUCAGAAGUCAAAUAUUUCUGGAGAUGGAUGGACAGCGAUGAGGAUUCAAUUGACGAUUAAUUCGUAAAAAAUGGCAAUCCAUAGAAAUGGAAAAUAUGUUUCAAUACACUACAGGCGCAAUAUAUAUACAAUAAAAUAAAUACAAACAUACAUGUGAGUAGCAAAACCAACUUAUUAAAAUAUUACAUUAUUGGAGAAAACCAAAAUUUUAAAAAAGUUGAUAUUUAAUGUAGUAGUAACACACGUUUGUUUUUAAGUUAAUAAGUGCUGUAAAUAUAAUUGAAAAAAAAAAAUUAAACUAAACUAAAAAUACUAAAAUAGGUUAUAAAAAUUAAUAGAUUUAAAAAAUUUUAGGUAAGGUAUUAUGUAAUAAGUCACACUAAAAAAGCUUUUGAAAGUUAAAAAAAGUGAGUGCAAGUAGAUAUACUUAUUUGAGAAAAAAAUAAUAAAAAACCUUAAAUAAAUUCACUUGAAUUAUGUUGAUUGUACCUAAAUUGAUAUUAAAAGCAAACAAAA